AAAUACUAACAAAAUGGCCAAACAAAAUCUAGAGUUUUGGGUAUUGCUAACAUUAAUAUUGAACGAAUAAUUCCGAUAAAAUAAACUGUCAAAAAAUUUCAAAAUAAUAUCUCAAACUGGAAGAUACUCACAAACACAGGUGCUUCUCGCUCGGGAUCGUAAGCCGCCAUCUUGUUUUUAGACAGCAAAUACAUUUUUACAGAUUGAUUGAUUCAUUGACUUUUGAAAGCAUGAUGAAGGUGUCCAAACUCUCACUAAAAGGAAAAUUGUCAUUGAAGAGGGGCAAGUCGGAUGGCGAGACGAAUGUGAAAGACUCUCAUGAAGAAAUUCAACACAGCCAUGAAGAUAACUUGCAGACUAGCCUAAUGGAGAGCAUUGAGCCCCCACCGCCCUAUAGUGGCCUGCAGAAUCUUGGCAAUACUUGCUUCUUCAACAGUGUUGUCCAGGCACUGCGCUACACCCCUGGAUUCCAGGAAGGUAUCAAGAAGCUAGCACACCUUGUAAGGGACCUGGAUGAGCUAGAAGUGGAUGAGAAUGGCGAUGAUGACACGCCAGGUGUUACCACUCACAUGCGAUUUCUUGGACAACUUGAUAAGUUGUUCCGCUCAAUGCAGAAGGUGGAGGAACACUAUCUGGAGGAGUUUGAGAUGAGAUCCUCUUUAUCUGUCUAUCCGGAAUACCUGCUGAACAUCCUCAAGAAAAUAAAACCAAUGUUUGAAGGCUUCCUCCAACAUGAUGCACAAGAGCUUCUCUGCUGCUUCCUUAGUAUCGUCCAAGAUGGCUGCCACGAGUUAGAAUCAAGACUCAAAGACAAAUCUAGUAACACAGAAAGUCUAACAAGCAGAAUUUCACUACAGGCAGAUUGUUCGCCAAAGGGCAGGCUACUGGGAGGGAAGAAGCCCGUAAAAAAUGAACCCAGUAGUGGAUCGGAGCAUCUUCCAAGGCCUAGCAGUAGCUCUGUCACUAGAAAGAUUCAACUGGGGAAAGGAAAUGGCGAAUUUGUAUCGCAUGCUGGCGAGAAUGCUGAAAGACAAGUGAAGAAAAAAACACUUGGUAUACGAAGGUUCAAAAGACCGGCCAAUCAGACAACCAUAUCUAUGUUUGGCGUCACACCCGAAAACAGCAUAGCACAGAAUGGUGUGGAAGCUAUGGAUACUGUAUGUAAUGCUGCCAAGAAAAUUAAAGUCGAACCAGACGAUAAUACAUCAACAUUAGGUUCUAAAACCAAACGUAGAAAGAGUAAUGCUAAGGUGAAAAAUGAACAAGCAAAGGAAAAUAAACAUGAAUUGGAGGUUAGAACUGAAGAAAAUAAAUUAGAAACACAAGGACUGAAUGAGAUGUGUGAUUUAGAACACACAAAAGCAUCAACAUCCGUGAUGGAGGUUAUGGAUGCACCACCAUCUGAAACUGUGUCAAUGGGAAAUGAUGCUUCUUGCCCUUCUGCAUCAGAUACCAAUCACCUACGCUUGGUUGAGCGUCUCUUCCAAGGGCUGGUUGUCAUGAGAACACGAUGCAGUGAAUGUGAAAACUUCAAUGAGCGUACAGAAGACUUUCAGGAAGUUGGUCUACCUGUGCAGAAGAUGUCUGAUGGAGGUGCCAGUCAAUCAAAUGAUCCUGACUUAACACCUGCUAACUUGUCUCUAAGCUGGGCCUUGGCAGAGUACACCUGCACUGAGCGGCUGACUGACAAGAACAAGUACUUCUGUGAGCGUUGCAUGCAUCACAGCGAAGCUGAGCGCUCGGUCUUAUUCCACAAACUGCCAUCAGUUUUAAUAUUCCACCUCAAGAGAUUCUCAACCAUCUUUUCUGGGUUUUAUCCAGAAGGUUCCGUGUCAAAAGUCAAUACACACCUUGCAACCCCAUUGACCCUCAUGCUGACCCCAUGGUGCAGUACUGAAUGUGAGCAGCGCCACCAGCAGUAUGAACUCUAUGCAAUCGUGAUGCACAGUGGUGUCACUAGUUCGAGUGGACAUUACGUAUGCUAUGCUCAGGUACCCACAUACAGUCUGAAACCCGUGGGGAGAGAAGACGAUGAGCAGCCAGGCACGGUCAAGCCUAAUAAAUCAAAGUGGGCUAGAUUUGACGACGACAUGGUAGAGGUUUUGUCCGAAGAAGAUAUGCUGGCUAUUCUUUGUCCCAUAACCACCGUCAGCCACACUUCAACUCCUUAUCUACUUUUUUAUCGAGAAGUUACUACAUGACACCUUGUACAGUAUUUAAGCUAUCCAUAGACCAUUUAGUAAUGCAGGUAUCUAGGAAUAAAUUAAUUCCUAUUAAAUGUUGGUUUCAAAAAUGAAAUAUUAAUUUAAAUUUUUAUAUUUUAGAAAGAUUGAUUAUAGUAUUAAAUAUAUGAUUCCAGUAUAGUCAAUUCUGUACGAGUGGUAUUUUUGUAUACUGUAUUAAUAAAUGAUAAUAAAAAA